AUGAGCGAUGAAAGCAAAGCGGUUGUAACGGCUCCUGCCAAGGGCUUGAAAAUUCUCAUCAUCGGAGCCGGAAUUGGCGGACUGGCGGCAGCGAUUGCUUUGAGAAGACAGGGUCAUGAGGUUGAGUUGUUCGAAAGAUCCCGAUUCGCAAACGAAGUUGGCGCAGCCAUUCACCUCACCCCUAAUGCAAAUGGUCUGCUGAAACGAAUCGGGGUGGAUGCUGCUCAGUAUGGUGCUGUGCAAACGGAACAGAUCCAAGACUUUGACUCAGACGGUGAACUAAAAUUCAUUGGAAAAUUCAGAGAAUAUUCCGAUACAUGGCAGCAUGAAUGGUUUCUCAUUCACCGUGCCCAUCUCCAUGAGGCUUUGAAAGACAAGGCCAAGGCCCCAGGCAAGGGAAAACCGGUCGUGCUGCAUACUUCUUGUAAGGUGAUUGGAGUUGAUGCACAAAAUGGAACGGUCCAUCUUGCCGAUGAUACGCAAGUUCAUGGAGAUCUUGUUAUUGGUGCUGAUGGAGUGCAUUCCGUUGCACGACGCCAUGUCAAAGGCUCGAAUAAACAGGCUUUCAGCUCAGGCAAGAACGCCUUUCGUUUCAUGGUCUCACGGAAAGAUGUAACAAAUGAUCCAGAAACUGCCCACAUGGCACAGGAACUUGGCUCUGUAGACAUGUGGCAUGGUCCUGACAGCAAAGUCGUGAUAUACCCCUGUGUGAACAAUGAAAUGCUAAACUUUGUCUGCAUUCACUCUGAUCACCUUACCCAAACUGGAGUAUCGCAUGGCUGGGAUCAGGCUGUUGGUAAAGACACAUUGCUAGAGGUAUACAAAGAUUACGAACCUGGAGUCCGUAAGCUUCUAGCAAAGGCGGAUCCGGAAACACUCAAAAUUUGGCCUCUCUUGGACAUGGAGACUCUCCCAACGUGGUUUGAUGGCCGUUUGGCAUUAUUGGGAGAUGCAGCACAUCCAUUUUUGCCUUAUCGCGCAUCUGGCGGUGCUAUGGCAAUCGAAGAUGGUUUUGCUCUGGCGGUCCUACUACCAGGCGACCUAUCCAGUGAAGAGAUCCCUGAGCGGCUGAAGCUUUAUCAAAAGGCUCGCCACGAACGUGUCACUCGUAUCCAGGAGUAUACACGGGAGUCCGGAAGAACACAUCUACCUAUGGACAAAGCCAUGAAAAUUAUAUCCGAGAUAUACGACCAUGAUGAAUGGGAUUCUGCUACUGAGAUUUUGCGGCAACAUCAGCGUUCUCAAAACCCACAGGUUUAUUACCGACAGCCCAGUGUCUUUGGUCCAAUGCCUGGGCCCCGUCAAGAUUUCUGGGGUCACAGCCGAGCUCUAGCAUCUACAAAGGCGAAUUUUACCACGGCAUCCAUCAAGAUAAAAACUAGCCGAACACUUCUCAAAGCUUUGUUGCCUAACUCGGCCUAUGCAUUCUCCGGAACCGGCAGCGUCGCCUACGCCACCUUCUCCCAGACUACCAUAGAUGGACUGGACUGGCUUGCAGGAGGUGGCUAUAACCACUUUGGAAUCUAUGUGCACGGAAUCGAGUAUAGACAUAUUUCCGGGCAAAUUACGCGGGGCAGUUACCUCCCUGUCAUGUUUGAGGACCUCACCGAUUCUAUUAUCUCAGGGAGAGAAGAACUUGGAUUCCCAAAGCUGUUCAGCGACAUUGACGUGCAGAGGCAAGAGCAGUCUUACUCUGCCACCACCAGGUGGAGAGACACCGUUUGGGGAAAAUUUACUUUGACUGGCCUAGAAGAGCAGAAAGACAACCCAACCAAGAACUUAGAGUCUAUCGACCAAGGUCUUCUCGUGCACCGCUACAUGCCAUCUGUUGGUAAAGAUGCGAAAGGAACCCCAGGAGCGGAGUACGCUGUAUUCGUUGAUUUGGUGGAGGAAUCGCAAAUUGUUCCAACCAAAAUCAAACGAGUACUUAAGGCGACCCAGGGAGACAUUCAAAUUGUUGAGAAAGGAUGGAAGGAGCUUCCUACUUUGCAUCAUAUCGUUUCCCGCCUGGCCGAGAUUCCGGUGUACGAUGUGAUCGAGGCCAAGGUUGUGGAAGGUGAGGGAGUCAUGGAUAUGUCCACUGCGAGAAGAAUUGAUUAG